AGGGCAGCCACCAAAGAGCCUUCUGACGCGAUCAAAGUCCAAAUGUUGGUUUUCAGGCUGAAGCUCAGCUCUGAUUACUCUGAAAUGAUUCCCUUAAAGAUUGGAAGCCAAAUAACAAACUAAAAAAGAGGGAAUAACACUGCUGUUAGCUUGGGAAAUGAAUGAAGUCCGCUGAAAGACGGACCAAGUGUUACCAUCUGACAUGGAGGACAAAGAAGCAGGUGAAAUGCAAGAGGACAAUGAAGGUGCUGAGUCCGAAAGUAGCUGGGGCAGAGAACUCCGACUAGUCCUUGUCGGAAAGACUGGAUCUGGAAAAAGCGCAUCUGGAAACACCAUCCUGGGCCGCAGCAAGUUCCUGUCGCAGAUCAGUGCCAGCUCCGUCACCCAGAUCUGCGAGCUGGGCAUCACAACGCUCACAGAGGAAGAGGAUGAAAAGCAGGAAGGCCAGGCUAUCAAGCGGGGGAGGAAGAGGAGGAUAACAGUGAUUGAUAUGCCAGGGUUUGGUGACACUCACCUCAGUGUGGAGCAAACCCACGCAGAGAUAGCCAAAUGUGUGUCUCUCUCAGCUCCCGGUCCACAUGCGUUCCUCCUCGUGGUGCCUGUCGGACGCUAUACAGACAGUGAGAACCAGGCUGUUUGCCAGCUGAAACACAUAUUUGGAGCACAAGCGGUCUCUAACCACACUGUAGUUUUGUUCACUAGGGGGGAUGAUCUGGAUGGGAUUGGGAUUGAAAAGUAUCUCAGAGAGACUGCACCUGCUGGACUUAUAACGCUGGUUGAGAGCUGUGGAGGUAGAUACCACGUACUCAACAACAAAGAUCCGAGUAACUCAGCACAGGUUAGAGAGCUGGUGAGGAAGGUGGAUGAAAUGGUGAAGCAGAACAAUGGAGGCUUUUAUACUAGUGCAGUCUUUUUAGAGGCAGAGGCUGCCAUUACAGAGGAGCAGAACAGGAUGCUGAGGGAGCGAGGGCAAGCAGAGGAGGAAGAAGAAAAGGGCCCAAAUUGUAGAAAACUUGCAAAACGAAGAAAGUGUGAGUUGGAGUCAGGUGGAGGUGAUAAAAAGGAUUUUAGAGUUGAGAGAUGGACGGAGGAAAGCAGGAGUAAUGCCUCCCAGUUCAGAGAGAGGAAUCAGGGCGUCAGCAGGGUGGGCAGGGGGAGACAUCCUUUCCAUUCAUCCUUGAGUCGCCUGAGGAGGGAAGCCGCUCUCUCUGCUAAAGUGCUCGACAGGGUGAAGAUCCUUGUAGCUGCCGGAGCAACAGGCAUGGCAGUGGGGGCCGUGUUUGGAGCAGCUGUACCUUUGGCGGCUGCAGCGGGAGCCUCUCUCGUAGGGAACUCUGUUGGUUUUGCUGCGGGACAGCUAGCAGGGAUGUCUGUAGCAGGAGGCACAAGUGUAAGUAAAGCUGUAGGAGCCAUAGUGGCAGUAGCCUCUGGAAAAACAGCAGUGGCUCUGGGGACGGCAACAGGUGGGGUUCUGGGUGGUUGUGUGGGAGUUGUUGCUGGCACUGAGGCCACAAGUCCUCAGGAGGGCGCUUUAGACACCCUGGGCCAGGUAACCAUGAUAGGGGCCUCAUCUGUGGGAGUGGCAGCAGGAGUCGGGUGUACCAUGGGAGCUGGAGCUGCUUUAGGUGCAGUGGUGGAGGGAGCAGCAGCGCUCUGUGGAGCAGAAACUGCAGCUUCUGCAGCUCAGGGGAGUUUACCUGUAACAGCUCAGCAUGCUGUGGCCUCUGUAUGUGGCAGAGCUGUAGGAGCUCAGUGCUCUGCAGCCUUAGCUACAAAUGUCCCUGCGGGGGCUGUGUGUGAGGUAGCAGGGCCUGUGUCGGACCACUGGGGAGCUGUAGCAGCAGCUACUCGAAUCUUAAACGCUGUGGCUGAGAUUGGCAAAGCGGCAGCAGGCAUCGCUCUAGCUGGGGGUUUGGUAGUGAAGGUGGUGAAGGAGAAAGUGAGAUCUGGCACCAGCACAACAGUGGCCAGUUAUUCAGAGAGAAAGUCAUAUGAAGUCUACUGGAACAAAUAAUCUAGUCCUUAGUCUAGAGUGAGAUCCUUGUAAAUUAGAUCAUACUCAUGUUAUCAGCAAUGAAGUGUGGGAUGACCUGCCAGAUCAUUGUGAUGCAGUGGUAUAUGAUACAGCAUCAUAUUUCAUAUGGAUGAACAAAUCCCAUAUUUUGGUCAAAAGAUUAAAAAGGAAAAACAUAAAAUGAUGAUUGCAACCUUAAAACCCACUUCCCUGUUUAUUCAGGAGAUUUAUCUUAAGCAGAUGUUAAAAAGUUGUGACAGCUCCUUGUUUGAAACCAAAAACAAAUACAGGGUAUAGCAAUAAUUGGUCAGGAUGGUGUGGUUAGCUGAUUCUGAUUCUCAUUAUGAACUGUAAGAAAAUAUACGAAUAUCACUGAAAAUGUUGUUUUAUAGCCUUUUUGCCCUCAGUCGUCAUCAUUUGCAUUGGUGGAAGUGACAUCACACCCUUGUGUGAGAGCGCAGUAAAACUGUUGUAAAACAAAGAUGAAAUAUUUACAUAGAUGACAUAAUGAACCAGCUUUAGAAUCCUGUAUCAGCAAUUAGCGCUGAAGCAUUGCAAAAAACAUAAAUCCAUAUCUGAACUCUCAGAUUUCCAACAGGCUGCCACCUUUUCUAGGUCCAGGUUUAGAGGUUGAAAGCUCAGGAGAGAACAGCAACCUUGCUUAACUCCAUUUAGCCACACUAUUACCUGCUCAGGUCUUGUUCUCAUGACCUAAAUUACCAUAGAUACAUCUUGAUAAGUUGUAUAAAGUAUAGUUUUCAGUGCAGCUUCCUCUGAUUUAAUUUUAAAACCUUGCUGAUACCAAAAAUAGCUAAUUUUGAGUCUUUUUCCUUCAGCAACAACUUCCACACUGAAGAGUGCACUUAUAUAGCGUUUUCACUUAUCAAAAAAGUCACUAGCGGAGUUGUUAGUGCAUCUCAGCACUUCAAGAAAAAAAUUAUGUACUUUGCUUGUGUAAAUACACUGCUCAAAAAAAUAAAGGGAACACUCAAAUAACA